UCGAGAUCAAGCUAUGAAAAUUGCAGGUACGCGUCAGGGUUAACUCUCUACACCUUAGCUAUUUAUAGAGCAAAAAGGACACGAGAAAAAAUUCGAUACCUGUAAGCGACAGUGUAAACGUCCUAUCUUACUCAGAACAAGAAAAGAAAGCAGAAUUUUCCGUAAGAAUUUAUCUUCGAUUAAGCGAACAGAAACACGAAAGAUAACCGAGUUACUGUUUCCAAAAUGCUCUUAGAAUCUUUUCUUUGUUGGUGUCUCGUUGUCGUUAGAUUCUCACGGUUCUGGCAUUGCGACGUGUCUCGAUAUGAGAACAGAGUUAGAGGGCCGAGAAGCCAAGUUCGAAAGAAUCCGCUUUUCUAGGACGCGCUUACGUUUCCGGUGAAAGACGAGUUCGCCAGCAGGGCCGAGAUCUUUUUUUCGUCAGUGACUCAUCGCGCACAUGGAAUUACCAUUCGCUCUGUGUGUUCAGCGUUCGCCUCUCUGAUCUGUCAGUAAGCCGCGGACCGUCAACCAGAAAGCACGCGUGCUUCUCUGCAGAAACGAUCAACGCGCACGUGCGUGACCAGGGAUACCGAUUCGAAGCCGACAAGUGGUUCCUGGCCCUUUAGAAUUCGAGCAUUCGAUGAAUACUCGCGCUGAGAGCGAAGGCAAAUAUCAAGAACGAUGUGUCCAGAUAUCACACGCAAUUACCGUUUCCUAAAACACCAUUAAAAUGGACUUUUGCAAGAGCUACAAAUUUCUACAAAUCCUACCAAAACCUGUGAGACGCAUCGAGUGGUCCUGGCGAACGGAAAAUGGUACGCGCAUUCGGUUCAUCGAGGAUGAUUCCUUCGAGGAUGUUUCCAUCGAGAAUUGCCUCGUGGAACUCGUCAAUAUCUGCGUUCCAGCCAUCGCGGUCAUCCUUGCGCUGAUCGCCUUUCUCAGAUGUAAAUGCAGGAAACAGCCAAAAGAUUGCAGAGGACUCCUACCGUUUCAUACAACUAGAACACUGUUGUGUAUGACAGUGUUGGCGGUGCUUUUUGUCGAACUUUGCGAGUCGUUGCUCACGACGAUUUCUUUCUCGUUGAUUCUGAUGAUCGUAGCCAUCCUCUACUGUUGGAUCAUUCAUCGGAGGACCGAGGUUAGAGAUGCUUGUGGAACUGCCCUCUCCGCUGGAAUCUUCGUCGCGAUUAGCUUAUCGCGAGCAUGGAAAUUUAUGUGUCUCUCUAGAUAUGGUCUGUCCAUGAUACACGUUCGACUCGCAACCACAGCGUUCACCGCCAUUACCUGUGGGCUCUUGGCCGUUUUGGACUCUUACACGUUCUAUCUUAUGACAAGAAGGAAGAAAAGGUAUUUGAUCGAGCGAGGAGAACGACGAAGAACAGCGUACAAACACGCGGACGUGCCAUUUCUCAAUAGAAUCACUUUCCAUUGGGUGAUCGACCUGCUGUGCAAGGGAUAUAGUACGCCGUUGGAGAACCACGACCUUGGAGAACUUCCCGAGGAGGAGACUACUAGGAGACAGUUUGACAAGUUUCGUGAAGUUUACGAGAAACAUAGGGAGAGAAACGAGAAACUACGUCUUUGGCGAUGUUACUGGAAAAGAAUAUGGUACCCGUUUGCCAUUGGAGGAUUAUUUAAAUUACUGGGAGACGCUACAAGCCUUGUUGGACCGAUGUCUAUUUCUAAAAUUCUGAACUACGUCUCUGCUGCUCAAAAUGGGACAAUAAAUCGAAGCUCUAUGGGUGCCAUGACAUUUCCUGAAAUCUUGCACAAUGGCUAUUUUUUAUGCCUGUUGGUGUUUUUCUUUUCUUUAUUACAAAGCACUCUAAGCCAGGCCUCCACUCAUAUCCUUUGCGUUGAAGGGAUCCGCCUGAAGAACGCACUUCAGGCGCUGCUAUACGAUAAAGCCUUGCGUUUAUGCUCUUGGAGCAUCGACGAAGAGGAUAAUCCGACAGACAAGGAGAAAGAACAGAAUAAAUGUCAGCAAUCUGCUGAUAUUGGAACCUUAACUAAUUUAAUAUCUGAGGAUGCUUACAAUGUGAUGAGCUUUUUCUGGAUUGGACACUAUACCUGGGCAAUUCCAUUAAAAAUCAGCGCUAUAGUUUUUCUUCUUUACACGAAAUUGGGAGUUAGUGCAAUUAUCGGUGCAUUCUGUUGCAUAUUGAUAGUAACGCCACUACAAUUGGUGCUUGGCAAGAAAAUGUCGGAAAAUUCUAAAUUGGUCGCCAAAAGCAGCGACGCUAGAUUACGUCUGGUUAACGAAAUCUUCCAAGGAAUAAGAUUAGUGAAGCUCAGAGCCUGGGAAAAUAUUUUCGAGGAGAAAAUAAGAAAAACGAGAAACGAUGAGCUAAAAAUGCUCGACAAGGAUUCUUUCUAUUGGACCCUCAUAAACUUUCUCACACAUGCUUCAUCGGUACUGACGACACUUUUCACUUUUGCCGCUUAUUUCUGGCUGGAAGAGAAAAGUCUCGAGGCUGGAAAUGUUUUUGCAAGCUUAGCUCUAUUCUCGCAGCUCACAGUGCCCCUUCUCAUUUUUCCUGUGAUGAUACCUAUCAUUAUUAACGCUAUGAUUUCAACACACAGAAUAGAGGAGUUUCUCCAACUUCCGGAGAUCGACAAUGUCUUGCCUAAUCUUAACGAUGCAAAAUCAGAAGUAGCCGAAAAUACAUCAUCGCUGGCCAAUUCUAUCGAAGAGAGUACUAUAGAAACAAUGAAAACGCACAACACUCCCAAUUUUGGAUCGUUGGAUAAUAUCAAAGAAGACGAAGAAGAUGGACAAUGUUCUGACUUGGCGGAUUACACGAUAGACAUAAAUUCAUCGGUGGACACUGUGUUCGAGAAGGAUCCGGAGAUUCCGGUGCUUACAAUGAAACGCUGCGGAUUUUCUUGGGGCACCGAUGAAAGUCUGUUAUCCGUAUCUGAUCUUAGUUUUCCACGUGGUCAGCUGACCAUAAUUGUUGGAAAGACAGGUAGUGGAAAGACUUCUUUACUAUUAGGAAUGUUAGGAGAGAUCCAGAGGACAAUAGGAUCGAUUCAGUGGGCUAAAGGGGUGAAGGUUGCAUAUGUGGCUCAAAAACCCUGGCUCCAGAACGCCAGUUUGAGGGACAAUAUUCUUUUUGGAUCACCGUACAAAGUGAGAAGGUACAGGAACGUGUUGAAGGCUUGCGCUCUUCAACCGGAUGUCGAUAUACUUCCGGGUCGCGAUUUCACACGGAUAGGUGAGAAAGGGAUCAAUUUGAGCGGAGGCCAAAAACAGAGAGUAACUAUAGCCAGAGCGCUGUACAACGACGCGGACGUUAUAAUAAUGGAUGACCCGUUGUCCGCGCUGGAUCAUCAAGUUGCACAGCAGAUCUUCGAUCAAGGAAUCCGGAAGCUGCUGCUGAGGAGCGGACGCACGGUGAUUAUGGUUACUCAUCGACUAGAAUUGUUAUCAACUGCUCAUCAAGUUGUCGUGAUGGACGGAUGUCGUAUUCGAGUAGUGGGUACGAAAUCAGCGAUCGAAGACGCUGAUCCAGAAUUAGCGAUCGAGUGGAGGAAAACAGCAACGAAUAAAAACGAGGGAUAUCGUGCUGAUAGAACUGCGAAAGACAAGUGGGCCUUGAUGAAAUUAGUGUCCAGAAUCGGUGUGAGUGCGACAAAUAAACGACUUGGCGAUGGAUCCUGGACCACUGAUCAAGAUGCCCAUGUGAAUCCUCCAGCUUUUGUCCCGUUAAGAAUGCGAAGAACUACCCUCGGCGGAUCGAGAUACUUAGCCCACGAUCUGACAGAUCUCCCAGUGCCCUCUGAAGAAUGGAACAUCGGGAAAAAAAGAUUUAAAUUCCAUCGAAACGCUGUCAGAUCGAGCAGUCUUCAACCUCAAAGACAACCACCCCCUGUUCUACGACAGAGCAGCACUCCAACCAUUCUCGAAAGUCAAUACGCUGUUCCUAGAAAAAGGAAUAACACUUUUGACAACGGACAACGAAACGGCGUUUUCAGGCAAAUAUUUUCCGGCGCAGUUAUCAGUCCACGUCCCGAUGAAUUGAUAUUAAAUAGAGACAAAGGCGUGCUACGAAAAUUAAUACCUUCUAACUCUAACAGACAAAUACAAUACACUGUUAAAAAAAUUAAUCAAGAACAGGAGAAUGAUCAUUUUCCCGUUAAACGAUUGCUAUCGAUAGAGUCCACAGGAACUAAUGAAACCGAUGAACUUGAAGGAAACGACUGUGAUGCAAAGGAAGAAGAAGAAGAAUUUCAAUAUGAAGAUAAAAGUGGAAUAGUCACAAGGAUGAUCCUUUGCGAUUACACAAAAGCUGGAGGCUGGAUACCAGGCCUAAUUUACAUAGGAGUAGCAAUUUUCUGCCAGGUUCUGAGAGUUUAUAUCGAUCUCUGGCUGAGUCAGUGGACAGACGAAGACAAUAUAAACUUCAAUCAAGAAAACCGAAAUACGGUGUUCUAUUUUAAAGUUUACAUCAUUCUUUCCCUUAUCUUUAUACUCUUAUCUUUCGUAUGCAAUGCCACUGGUCAGUGGACAGGAGCCAGAGCGAGAAGAAAAUUGCACGAGGAAGCCGUGUCCAGACUUCUUAGAGUACCGAUGUCCUUUUUCGAUUGUAAUCCUGUGGGAAAAAUUUUAAACAGAUUCAGCGCCGAUACAGGCGUCAUCGAUAAGAAAAUAUCUAUGUCGAUCCAAAGACUGACAUUCUUCGUCUUGCUCUGUGGUUCAGCGAUACUAGUAAACGUUAUCGUAUCACCGUGGUUCUUCAUUGCUGCUAUACCCACGUGUGCAGCUUAUUAUAUCGUUCAAAAGUUUUAUAGAUGCAGUGCGAAACAUUUGCAACGAUUAGACGGCAGUACCCGAUGGCCAAUCACGACGCAUUUUUCUGAGACACUUCGCGGAUUAGCAACAUUGCGUGCUUCCAAACAAGAGAAUCGCUUCAUGGAACAGGCUAUGAAGUGCAUAGACGUUAACACGAACGCGUUUCUCCUCCUGAAUUCCAGUAGCCGCUGGCUCGGCAUUGCUCUGGAUUAUCUGGGUGCUGUUAUAGUAGGAUCUGCGACACUCGCCGUCUUAAUUUCCGCAGAACUGUAUCCAGAUCGCGUUACACCUGCUCUAGUUGGUCUGGCGAUUAAUUACACCCUCUUGGUGCCAAUUUACUUAAAUUGGGUAGUGAAGUUCACAGCGGAGACCGAAAUGUAUCUUGGUAGCGUUGCACGUAUCUCUACUUACAGAUAUGCUCCUACUGAAAACUACCAACAAAAUGACUUCCACGUAUCUGAUAGUUGGCCAGGUAAAGGUGAGAUUAUUUUUGAAAAUGUUUCUCUGAGAUACGUUUCACAAAGAGAACCAGUGAUCUCGAAUCUAUCCUUGAAGAUCACGUCAGGCCAAAAGAUUGGAAUUUGCGGAAGAACCGGAAGUGGUAAGUCGUCCACAGUGAUGGCGCUCUUUCGACUAUUGGAGAUUACUCAGGGACGUAUAUCGAUCGAUGGGACAGACGUUCGUCAAGUUCCUCUGGAAAUUCUUCGUUCGAGACUCUCAGCGAUUCCUCAGGAUGUGAUCAUGUUCAGUGGUACCAUUAGAGAGAAUUUGGAUCCUCUAUCGGAACACGAAGAUCUAGAACUGUGGAAUGCUUUGGAAGUAGCACAAAUUAAGGAUAUUAUUGCCUCUCAUCCUGAAGGUCUUAAUUUCGAAGUGAAAGAAGGAGGUGAAAACUUUUCUUCCGGUCAGCUGCAGCUGCUCUGUAUGGCACGAGCAAUCCUCCGGAAGUCUUCGAUCGUCGUCCUCGACGAAGCAACCAGCGCUCUCGACGCCGUCACUGAAAAGAAUCUCUUGAAAGCAGUUUCAACUGCUUUCAGGAACAGAACGGUGAUUGCUAUCGCGCAUCGUGUGUCAGCGUUAUUGGAUUGCGAUCGAGUAAUCGUGUUCCACGAUGGUAAAAUCGUCGAAGAUGGACUACCAACAGACUUAAUGCAACAGCAAGAUGGAUUCUUCGCGAAUAUGUUGAAGUCCAAUGAAGAGAAUGAAACGACUGAUUGUUGAAAAAGCACACGUGCAUAAAAGAACGAUGAUAAGGGUCGAUAAAAUUGAAAGACUGGGACAGAGGAACGUAUCUAACCAUGUUUCGUCACAAAGUAUUUAUUUUUGAUACGAAUGAUAAAUGUAGAGUAUCGUAGCGAUAUAGGAAUUUCUGAAAUAUUUUUGUAAAUACGAGGAUGCAUUCGAAUGAUCGUUGAUCGAUCUGAAAUACAUUUCACUGUUGUUCGCAUUGCAUAGAUAACGAAGCUGCGUUCCAUAUAAAAAUCACUCGCAGAUAAAAUAUAUAAUGAUAUAUUUUAAAAACCUUCUCUUUAAAUCCGUAUAUUAUUAACAAAUGGAAUGAAAAAAAUAAUUCUACCAUA